UUGCCCUCUGGUUGAGGGUUUAGGGUUUAGAAGCAAGCGAUCGCUCUAAACCCCUAUUUCCCAAAUCCGCCAUUGUUUUGUUGUUCUCAAUUCGCCAAUGAUGAGGCUCUUCUCCUCUGCAACGUUCUCGCUUUCCUCUCUCUGUUCUUCUUCUUCUUCCUCCUCCUCUCUUCCUUUUCCAUCACGCGUUCUCCUUCUUGGCUUAUCUCAAUUUUCAACUUCUUCUUCGUCAUUGAGGCGGCACGACGAAGAGUCUCGAAAUGUGAGGGUUUCUGUCUGGUGGGACUUCGAGAAUUGCAACAUUCCCGCGGGUGUGAACGUGUUUAAGGUCGCCCAUUUGAUCACUGCCGCGGUAAGGGCCAAUGGCAUCAAAGGCCCUCUUCAGAUUACUGCUUUCGGAGACAUUUUACAGCUCUCCAGGGCCAACCAAGAGGCUCUCUCUUCUACUGGGAUUAGCCUGACCCACAUUCCUCAAGGUGGUAAGAACAGUGCUGAUAGGUCUCUUCUUGUAGAUCUUAUGUACUGGGUUUCUCAAAAUCCUCCACCAGCACAUCUUUUUCUAAUUUCUGGCGACAGGGACUUUGCCGGCAUUUUGCACCGCUUAAGAAUGAAUAAUUACAAUGUGUUGCUAGCAAGCCCUGACACUGCUCCUGGUGUUUUAUGCAGUGCUGCAAGCAUCAUGUGGCAUUGGAAUACUUUGAUUAGAGGGGAAAAUCUAGUCGGAAGGCAUUUUAAUCGACCACCUGAUGGUCCGUAUGGUUCUUGGUAUGGCCAUUAUAAGGUUCCUCUUGAAGACCCAUAUCCAGUUAAUGAGCAACCGUCUUCUUUACGAGCCGAGGUUUCCGAGCUCAGUUCAGACCCUAAGCCUCGUCCCAUUCCAAAGACAGUCAUUAGGCAAUUACACAACAUUUUGAAGUUGCAUCCCAAGGGAAUCCUUAUUACAGAACUUCGCUCAGAGUUGGGAAAGAGUAUGGAUAAGGACUUUUAUGGUUACAAAAAGUUUUAUCGCUUUCUUUUGUCAGUGCCACACAUUUUAAAGCUUCAAACAAAUGGUGAUGGCCAAUGUAUUGUCUGUCCAGUCACUCCAAGUCCCAUAGAACCAUUAGAGUGCAGUAGAGGUACAUCUAGUGAUGGCAAUGGAGGGCAGGAUCCUAAUAUGAGAGCAAAUUUAAAUAAUAAUGAUUCCUCAACGGAAUCGAUCAGUGAAUCAGUCCUUCCAUCCAGUGAACGAAGCGCCGAAGACAGACAAUUGAAGGUGAAACCAUCUUCUGAAUUUGGUAUGUCUAUUGGUGAAGGUAUGGAAGGGGAAUCAUCAAGAUUCCCGGUUUCUGAGCCACAUGUUAUAGAAGAUUCAAAGCAAACCAGUCAAUUUGAAGCUGAGAGUAGUAAGAAUCCUUCAAUUGGACAGCUUUCGGAGUCCGAGAUGGGAUUUUUUAGAAGAAUAUGGAGAAGGCUUUUAAGCAAUAAUAACCAUAUUUGUGAAAAUGGAAGCCAUAAUAUUUCUGAAAAAUGCUCUACAUCAGAUGAUACUUCCAAGCAUAAAAGUUGUAGUGGCCUCCUUGGGAAGGCAAAAACUGUGAAGCCAAUGAGUCAAGAUGCUAAUUGUGUGCAUCCAGUUUCAAAUUCACCUGAUCAUGAGUCUGCUAAGCUUCAGAAAACAGCCGUAGUUGCUAGUGAAUAUGAUGUUAAAUUUAGUUCUAAUCCAGGAUUACUUGGUAGUAUUAGAAAUUGGUUCAAGUUUUGGGGAAAGAAUACUGAGAACGGCGAAGUCAGCGAGCGUUCUUGUGAACGUAACCAGUUAAAGAAUCAAUCUGAGAAUCACCAUCUUUUUUCCAGCAAUUCUUUUUGGCAAGAUAUCCAAUCCUUUAUGGAAACACCUAAAGGAGUUCAGAUUAUUUUGCGGUCGAAAACCAGGUCGGAGAUAGCUGAAAAUCUGCUAGAGGGAGGGCCUCCGGUUCUUAAAUCUUUAAGCAUUAGUGAUCUGUUCGACUUUUUGGAAUUGUUAAUAUCAGAUAAGAAAUGGGUUGUGGAAUGCCCGUCUGAAGCAAAUCCUUUUAAGCUCACUCUCUCUGUUGCUAGGAAAAGCUCUUGCACUAAACAGUUGCAUCAUGCAAAUGGGUUGGCAUCAAUCUUUAUGAACAAAGUGUCACAGUGCAGCUUGCAGGGAUCUGCAGAACAUGAUUCAGAUUCUGAAAAGAAAAAUGAAAAUAUUCCUCAAGCUGGACAUUAUACAACUAUGACUAGAAGAAAGUUUCCAGAGAGGACGAGAAGCGAGAUAUUAGGCGACUGUCGAAAGCUCGUGGAUGAGAUCUUGAGGGAUCACCCCGAAGGAUAUAAGAUGGGGGCUUUCAGAAAACUGUUUCUUGAGAAGUAUGGGUAUCAUCUUAACUUGCAGAAGCUUGGUUACCAUAAGUUGGCGUCCUUGCUACAGAUAAUGCCUGGAGUGGCAGUAGCAUCCACAUUGAUAGUUCCCACCAGUAAGGCCCCAAAAGUUUCAAAGUUGGAAACCGCUCUUCUCAGCGAUCCUGGGAAAAAGACGUCCCAUGUCGUAGUAACCUCGGGUAAUGACUCAUCUGUCCUGCCUAGAAAGGAUGACGAUUUUGAGUCCUCCUGGGGAGAAUUGGGUCCAGCCUGCACAGAUUGGAGCAACAUAAAUGAAGCAGAAUCAACAUUGAUUCGUGACACAGCUGAGGCGACAGAGAAAAGACCAAUGGUUGAUUAUGAACCUGUCCUUUCAGAGGAUGAAUUAACAGAAUCUGAUGGAGAAUCUUGUCCUGCUACACACAGAUCAGAAGAGCAAGCCAAGCAACGAACAGACGAGGAAGAAAGCUCAUUAAUACAGAUCCUCGAUUCAUGGUAUAGCAGCGAAGAAGACAGUAGGAAAGACAAGUUGGAAAAUAGCGAUGAGAGGAUCGAUUGUUCUGAAAAUAGUUCGAAGCUUUCUAGUUUAGCUGCCAAAAGUGAAGCAAAUACAGAGAGCUUUGCUAGAAAGCAAAGACAUCAAAAGAGCUAUUCUUUUGUUUCAGACACGGAUGAAAAGGACGAUGUAGAGCUGAUUGAUGGGAUUUUUGGCACGUUGAAGAAAUCGAGCAAGUCACGGAUACAUAAUUGAAUCGUGCAUGUAGAGUCGAUUCAUAACGCUUCAUCGAAUCAUGGAAUUUUUUUUUCAUAGGGAAAUAAGUAUUUGGUAUUUGGUAUCUGGUAUACAACAUUGUUUGGAAUUGAUUAUUGGCCUCGUAAAGUGAACGUCGACAUGGGAAUGGAACACCAUAUCAUCCUCUGACCCUCCAAAUUUACUAGUAAUUAGAACGUUUGUAAGCUUAUUUAGAUGGCUUAGAUUUGAAAUUUACUCAAAUUACUUUUCCUUUCUGGUAGGGUCUGGUAUUCUCUCUUCAUUCUGCAGUUCUUAUGCUGCAAUUUGUAUUGAAGAAUUGUUGCUGGUCGAGGAGGAUUCGGGUGUGGCCAGGUAUAACUCUCCAUAUAUUGCUCCAAAAUUUCCUAAAAUAUGAUAUGAUUAGAAUCUUUUAAGCC